AUGUCCCAAAUGGUUACCGUUACCAAAGAGAACGAUGGGAGUUUGGACAGUGGUCGCAAGAGCAGGCCGAGCCAUUGGGCCAAUGAUCAAGGGACCAAGUUUGCCAAUCCUUGGCCGAGUUUCCGAGAUGUCGGGUUGUCCGAUGUCGCUAGCAUGAUCUACCAAGUCCAGGCCAAAGCGCCGUCAAGUGCAGAACUCGUUGCCUCGGCCAAACAACAUAUCCCCAUCAUGACUCCUACAUUCGGAGCUGAUUUGAAAUCGGAGGAUGACUGCCACGUCAAGGUCACCUUUCUCGGUCACGCAUGUUUCUUGCUAGAAUAUCCCUCGGAAGAGCCUGGGAAGCGAGGCGUCAGGGUCCUACUCGACCCCGUGUUCUCGGAACGGUGCAGCCCGAGCAAGUGGGUCGGACCUCUACGUUACACCAAAGCGCCUUGCAAGGUGCAAGAACUGCCAGAGAUCGAUGCUGUAGUUAUCAGCCAUAAUCACUAUGAUCAUCUGGACGUCGCAACACUAGCAGAUUUGCUCGAAAACAACAAACAAGCACUUCACCUAUUUUUGCCCCUGAACACCAAGCGAAGCCUAUCUGCAACUCUCCAGCAAGCUUACAAGAUCCACGAACUAGAUUGGUGGGAUUCUCGCCGGAUGGAUGUGGAUGGCAUCGGUUCGAUCAAGGUCACCUGUACUCCGGCACAACACUUUAGCGGAAGGGGAUUGUUUGAUAGGAACGCGUCGCUAUGGGCGAGUUGGGCUAUAGAAGGGUUACAUCGGGGUACGGGCGAAAGUCGGAUGAAGUGCUAUUUCGGCGGCGAUACAGGCUACUGCGCCGUUGAAGAUGAUAAGAGCCACGAUCUAGACGAGUCACGGCCUUACUGUCCAGCAUUCAAGGAGAUUGGGGACAGGUUCAACGGCUUCGACGUGGCAAUCAUCCCCAUUGGCGCCUAUGAUCCGCGUGCGUUCAUGUCCCCAGUACACUGCGCUCCGAUCGAUUCGGUCCGGGUCUUCCAGGAUAUCAAAGCUAAGAAGGCGAUUGGCGCGCAUUGGGGUGCAUGGCGUUUAACUAGCGAACCCGUUGACGAACCACCAAAGCGUUUGGCUGAAGCACUGAAACUCUUGAACAUCCCUGCAGACGCAUUUGGAGUGAUGGCUAUCGGUGAAACGCGGCUCUACGAACGGCAAGAUGAGAUUGAUGCAAAGUCUCGGCAGUAG